AUGGAUAAGUCUGUCGAAAAUGCGUCUUCACAGCUAGGUAGCACUGGUGCGAAUUCCACUAGUCCUGUGAAUAUCAUUGAUACAGAGGGUGGAAAUGACAACGAGGAAGAGCUGGAAUACUCUCUUGGCGAUGAAGAAUUAGGAAGCGAAGAGGAGCAGUUAGAAGGCGAUACACAAGCACCUGUUCAAAGAUCAAACCAAGAUGCUAUUGAAGGUGAUACUCUAGACGCUUUUAAAAAGAAAAAGAGAGCCAGAAAAUCUGAAGCAUGGGAUGAUUUCGAAGAUGUGGAAGUUGGGUCUCAGAAGACAAUUUACUCAGAGUGUAAGCAUUGGCAGUCUAGAUUCAAAAAGACGAAAACCGGUACAACUUCAAGUUUGUUAAGGCAUCGGAAAAAUUGUCCAAAACGAUUGGAGAAACUCAAAAUAGUAGAGGCACGCCAGCAAAAACUCAAUUUUCCAGCUGCUAAUUCUAGCUCAAAUGCUCAUUCCCUCCUUCAUACUAGCAAGUUUGACAUGGCUGCCAUGAGACAAAGCGCGGUUGAGUGGGUGCUUAUGCAUGAGCAUCCCUUUUCAAUUGUGGAGGAAGAUGGCUUCAACUUAAUGAUGAAAAAGGAGAUGCCUGAAUGGCAAAAAAUCAGCCGGACUACUAACAAGAAAGAUUGUCUUUCCGUGUAUGAAAGAGAGAAGCAGAAAUUGAAACAUUUGUUAAGUAAAGUCAAGAAAAUCAGCUUGACCACAGACCUUUGGAAGUCCAAGAACCAAAAAAUUGAAUACAUGGUUAUAACUGGACAUUGGAUUGACUGCCAGUGGAGAUUACAAAAACAGGUCCUCAACUUUGUGCAUGUUCCCUCUCCACGUCCGGGCAUUGCCAUUGCAGAUGCUAUUUACAAAUGCAUGUUGGAUUGGGGCAUUGAGAGCAAAAUUUAUACAGUGUCAGUUGAUAACGCGUCAAAUAAUGACACCGCACUACGAUGUUUGAAGGACACCUUCUCGAGAAACAAGUGCUUGUUGGCCAAAGGAAAGUUAUUCCAUGUGAGAUGUUGUGCUCACAUACUUAACCUGAUGGUUCAAGAUGGCCUUAGUGAAAUUCAAGGAAUAAUUCAUGACAUACAGCUACGAUUGCCUGAAAGAGUGCUGAUUUAUGACUGCAAAACAAGGUGGAAUUCGACCUAUGAGAUACUAGCUUGCGCUUUCAAGUUCAAUGAGGUGUUCCCAAGAUUCAAAGACAGAGAGUCAAGCUAUACUUUUUGUCCUUCCACAGAAGAUUGGGAAAAGGUAAAAAAGGUGUGCAGUAUUUUAGGAGUUUUUUGGAAUGCGACUCAUAUAAUAUCUGGGAGUGAUUAUCCGACAGCUAAUUUAUAUUUAAAUGAAGUUUGUCGGAUAAAAACGCUUCUAGAUAGCAGAGCAAACGAUGAAGACAGCUUUAUUCAAGCAAUGGUCUGGAAGAUGAAGAUGAAAUUUGACAAGUAUUGGGGUGAGUGUAACCUGAUGAUGUCCAUAGCAGCCAUCUUGGAUCCCAGACUCAAGAUGCGAGUGCAUGUUUCAAGUUCAAGAGAUUCUGGAGCAAACUCUCAAGUAGUGACAAAUGAUCCCGGUAGCAAGAGUAGCAAUAGUUCAUCAUCUACAAUGACACACGUUACUGGAAUGUGUGAAUUUCUAUCUCACAUUGCUACUGUGGAACCCGUUCAACCGGAGAAAAAUGAGCUAGAUAUCUACUUUGAAGAUGGCCUUCUCAGUGCUAUGGAUAAGUCGAGCCUGGAUAUUGUCAACUUAGAUGCUUUGAAAUGGUGGAAAAGCACAACAAAAUACAAGAUUUUGCCUAAGAUGGCUGCGGAUAUUUUAGUCAUUCCUGUUAGCACCGUAGCUUCAGAAGCGACAUUUAGUGCUGGAACUAGAGUGCUUGAUUCCUACCGUGCUUCUUUAGCUCCAGAAACUGUAGAGAUGUUGAUGUGUGCUGGGGAUUGGUGUCGUAGGCUACACGGGUUGGCUUAA